ACAGAGGUAGUGCGAGUGGGUGACUUGUUCACGUAACUUUUACAGUGGUUCCCUAAAAUCCGGCAAAAUUCGGGUCAAAAACAGAGAGCCCGUCCCUGUGUACCAGAUGGAGCACCAGGAGAUGGAGGAGGACGGGCGCCUGUGCAUCAAGAGUGAGGGCGUGACCAGCAUGGAGGAGGACAACGGACCAGUGGGCAUGGGCGUGGGGGGCAUGGGUAUGGGGGGCAGGGACAGCCCUCUGAAGCCCGACAUGAGCAUGGUGGAAGGAGAGGAUAUUCUGGCCAAGCUGAAGGAGCAGGUGUCUUCUGCAACCACCACCCUACUGCCCCCCUCCGCCGCCCUGCCGCCCCCGACGCACUCCCCCUCACACAACCUCAACAACAACCACAAUAGCACUAACAAUAACAACGCCAAUAACAACAAUAACAACAACAGUGUUCAUAGCAUAUACGAUCGACUCCACACGCUCCUGCAGGCUAAGAAGAAAACGGAGGAGGACGGUGACGGGGAGGAGGACUCGCGCGACCUGGUGCUGCGGGCGGAGGCGCUACACCGCCAGCGGGAGUCGCUCUUGUCGUCGCCACAGGCACUCAUGAACGCCAUGCGGGGCGGCGGGCCGCCCUCGCUGGUGCCGCCCGGGCCACACCUGCCCUUCAUCCCCAGCACGGUCGGCCUGCCGCCCACCACGCAGAUGCCGCCCACACCCGGCUCGGCUGGCUCUCGCGACUCCUCGGGCAACGGCGCUCGCACGCCCUCCCACACGCCCGAGCCACACCAGAGUCAGCAGUCCUGGAGCUUCGAGGAGCAGUUCAAACAGGUACGGGAACCCACGAAGCACUCGUCAUUUGAAGAAGACAAACGCAAGUUGUAUGAGCUGGACGAUGACGUGAAGAGGAAGGACUUUCUGGACGAGCUGUUUUCCUUCAUGCAGAAACGAGGCACGCCCAUCAACCGGCUGCCCAUCAUGGCCAAGCAGGUGCUGGACCUGUACGAGCUGUACAAGCUGGUGGUGGAGCGCGGCGGCCUGGUGGACGUCAUCAACAAGAAGCUGUGGCAGGAGAUCAUCAAGGGCCUCAGGCUGCCCUCCUCCAUCACCAGCGCCGCCUUCACCCUCAGGACGCAAUACACCAAGUACCUGUACCCUUACGAGUGUGAGAAAACGAAGCUAUCCACGCCGGCCGAGCUGCGCGGCAUUGACAACAACCGGCGGGAGGGUCGGCGAUCCUCUUAUGGCAGCUACGUGGACGCCGUGCAGCCGCCCCUCCUCAGCCUCCAGUCCCUGCAGGGCCUCCAUAGCCCCCUCGCCCUCGCUAACUCGCACUUCAACGGCGGCGGCACCAUCUCUCCGCUGCCGCAGCCCGACGGUCUUUUAGGUCGCGGCGGCUCUCCCCCGGGAUCGCAGGAGGCGCUGCUGGAGGCCACGAGACUCACCAUGUGGAAGCUGUACAAUCAGGGAUUAGGCGUCGGUGGCGGCUUUCAACACGAAGAUGACGGCCCCAAGCUACCGCCCCCGCACCACCCGCUUGCCGGUGUGGCCUUCCCGCCACAAAAGGAGGCACUCAACCUGGAGGUAAAGGACGAGGAAGUGCCGCUCUUCCAUGAUAACCGAGGAUAUCAGCCAUUCUGCUUGCAGCGGACGGGACGACUUAAAGACGCCGUCGACCAUCGCAAUGACCUCCGCAACGACGUGCGCAACGACCUGCGUAAUGACUUGCGUAAUGAACUACGCAAUGAUAUACGCAAUGAAUUCCGUAACGACGUGCGCAGCCGUCUGGAGGAGGCGGCGAUACCGCCCUCAGCCAAGCGACCCGCCCAGCAAGACGACUCCCACGACUCCCGCCUCCCGCCGCCCACCACGCCUACGCCGCCCACUCCUCCCGGCUACCCUGGUGCCAAUAUCAAGAUUACGUCUAGAGGCGGGCGCGGGCAGGACCAGAGUAUGGUGGUGAGCAUGGAGGUGAACGGCAUCAUGUACCAGGGAGUACUGUUUGCCCAGGCACCGCGCGCUCGCUUCAGCUAAGACUACCCGCCCACCCGGUGUCGCCUGGCGGUGGCGGCGGGGACCAGGGCACUGGGAGGUGGUGGCUCGGCAGCACCCCGGCGUCUGAGUGGCUGGCAGGACGAGGAGCUGAGCGUGGGGGCUGCCAGGCGCCGGACGCUGUUCCUUGUAUAGUAGCUGAUAGACUAGUGCCAACCCCUCCUUGGCGGCCCUCACAGGCACUCCACCCUCCCCAGCCAGCAGGUCAAGGUCACAUGGGGGGAUGUUCUCCCUGUCCCCGUCAAAAUCGAUUUUCUUCGCUUGUCCUUAAUCUCCCUGUUAUCUCCACUAUUAUCACAUUUGUCUGUUCAGUUGAACUUUUUUCGAAUACUCUUUCAUAUUAUCUGGCUUCAUUUCUUUAUUUCUCAUUUUCCAACUCUACUCUCAUUCGUUAUGCUUAAAGACUUAAUCUUACUUGUCAUUAGUAUCGCUCUCUGUUUCAUGCUUAUUCUCAGAUACAUAUGAACUUCCUCUUGUUGCAAUAAUCCUCCUUCGGUUUCAUAUCACAGUUGAACUCACACUCGUUCAUUCCUCUUUUCACAGCUCUUCAAUCUCAACUGUUUUCCCGUUAUACUUUACAUUUACUUCUUUCGUUUGCCUUCUCUUCUCACCUCUUUUCUUCUGUGGCUCCUAAAGCGUGCAUGUGUUCUCUUUCACAAAGUCGCAUUAUAAGCGUGAAACAGUACAGAUGUUUUUGACGGUUAGUCUCAAAAAUCACUUACUUUAUGUUUCAGAGAGAUUAGAAAAAGGUAAAAGGGAGAGGACAAAUGGUUUCUUCAACUUUUCGAUCUUUAGAAAUCAGAUAAAAAUGAAAAAAAUAAUCAGGCUAUUGAAGGAUGUGUUCCUAUAAUACUGCAACACCAACACUACAAGGCAAUUCGGCAACCUUACUACAGUUUACUACCCGUGUUUUUUAGUAGAUGUCAAUUGACAUCUUCCUUAAUUCAGUGCUAGAGGAGUUCAUUAACAUCAGCGCUUAUGUCGGCCUUUCUUUUCACAAGUUUUAUGAUCUCUUAUAUUGACCCUGGACACGUAAAGAAUGGACAAUUCAACCCCUUCACUGCUAGAAACGUAAUAGAUGGACAAUUAACCGUUUCACUGCUGCGCCACUUUACCGUAACACUGGAGACACUAGAAAAAACAAACGUCUUGGUAUUUCUUUUCUUCUGUAAUCUUGUGAAUAAAUUUUCACAGCCUUUUCAUUGUAAGCCAAAGACUCUCGUAGUAAGACAACCAAAGAGAAGAAGGCAAGGAAACAGAGAACUAGGUGAAGAUAGUGAAGACACGACGGUAUUUGCCCUAUAGCUGAAUCAAAGAGGCUAAUGAUGAUAAUAAAUGAGUUCUUUUAAAACACAAGGACAUAGGGAAAAUUACAAUAAGCCAAGCAGUUCUUGUACUAAACUCGCGUACCAUUAUCCACCUAUUAUCCCGAUUCAAAAAUAUAUAUAUCUUUUUAAGCUCUUAAUUCUAACAACCAAAGUCUAUUCCAUCCAUCAACAGGUCUACUAAACACCUUCUUAGUCCCUCUAAAUCUAACACAUCAAGCUCGAACGCGCCACAUUUUGUUACGUCGUGUUAUGCUGAAGUUUCCAUUGUUCUGUGUUCGUGGGGUGUGUUCUUUCCGCGGCCUGCAUCACUUAACGAGGCUCGCGUUCUCUUGCGUUGUCUCCCUCCGCCCGAGGACACACAUAACCGGCGCGGGGAGGAGGUCAUUAAGGUUUUAUUGCUGGUCCCAACACCUCGCCGCGGCUUGUCAGUGACGGGGACGCGGGUUCUGUCAGACCUUCCCGGUGUUCUGCGCUGUGACGGACGGUUUACUGAUGGAGUGACAGGAUGCAAGGUUGUUCUGUUAUAUGCUUUGCUCUCUCACUGGAACUGUUUUUAAAAGUCCACAAAGUCAUGUUCUAAUGGGUGUUUUGCUUAUUUAAAUUGCAUAUUCCUUGUCAGACUGUUACUAAAAUUAAAUAUAUUUGUUUUGUUUCACUUAUUGCAUUCUUAUAAAAUUUUCGCGUCUCUUAUCAAUCUAUCAUGAAUACAAUGUGCACCUAGUCAAAAAAUACAAAUAAAUCCUUCUGGUUAAGAAAAACAUACCCAUCCUCAUCCUUAGAAUGUUGGAAGUAUAAGUAUGGAGGCUAUACAUUCCAUCCCUCCUUUGUAAAUAUAUGAGAAGCCGAAUAACAUACAGCACAUUCAAUGAGCUUCAUAUUUGCUUUCAAUCUCGAAUUCUACAAGUUCUCUGACCUUUUAUCUGUCUUCUUGUAAAGUCGUGACAGAUUUCUAGCAGAUCAGAAUAUAAGAAUAUAGGAAAGUAUUUAAGACUCGGGAAAUAAACACACAUUACUAGACCACCGGAUGCGUGACGCGCUGAUCUCCUUCCCUCCACGGCAGGUCAGAGCGGGAGCGCGGCAGUCAGGAUGUGUUACUUGAGGGAAAAGGAAAGUGUGUAGUGUUGCUUAGUGAAGGAGGCACCUCACGCUAAAACUUGCUCUCUCUCUCUCUCUCUCUCUCUCUCUCUCUCUCUCUCUCUCUCUUUCUCUCUCUCUCUCCCGAUUUCUUUAACUGCUUUCAAGAACCCGAUCCUGUGUGUGUGUGUGUGUGUGUGUGUGUGUGUGUGUGUGUGUGUGUGUGUGUGUGUGUGUGUGUGUGUGUGUUUUGAUGUGUACAUAACGAGCAGGUGCUGGAGCUGCCCAGGUCACACCGAUGCCCUUCCCGCCUGGUGGAAGGGCCUCCAGGUAGCACGAAUUACCUGGCAGUGCUUAUUUUCCUCACUUGGGGGAAUCUUGGGUCCCAGUCCAGGCCUCCUCCGCCUGCCUUCGCUCCCCGGCAGGCUGGAGAGGGACGCUGGAACUGCCCUACAUUCCAGUUUUCUUGGAAUCUGUACUCUUUCCAUUGAUCAUGUUUAUAGCAUUAGCUGGCAGGUGUCUCAGUAGGUGGAUCCCUCAGGAAGGCGUAGCGUUAGGUCCUUGUGGGAACUGCGACGGUUGUAUGUGACUAGAAAGUUGUACAUUUGUAAAUUAGAAACGUUAUGCUAAAUCAUGAAGAGAAAAAAAGAAUAAAAAAAGCAUUCGUUUGUCUUUAGAAGCAUCGGAGUCUUGCAUGUGUCUGGUGUUCCGUCAGCUUCCCGCCCCGAGCGAGGCGCCGUGGCCCCGCCCCCGCGGAGUCUGGAGUCUACCGGGCGAGGCUCCGCUGACGCAUGUUUAUAGUGUAUAAGAUGAUCUCACAUUAAACUAAUUUAUAUUUUUUAAAAUAAAAUUAAACGCAA